UCAUGACACCCUUAGUUUUGAGAAUGUUAUAUCUAAUUUGUUAUCAAGGAGAAAUUUGAUAUUGAUUCUCAUUCCAAAGUUAAUAUUGAGGGUUAAUUAUUAGAGAUAUAUCAUCACAUAAAGGCACUUCUUCUAGAUCAAAGUCCAGAUCUAAAUCAAGAAAUCAUAAAUCCAAUUUUUUUUUGCCGUUAUUGUAAGGAAGACAAUCAUGAUAUUUCUCGGUACAUAAAGUUGAAAAAAGAAGAAGAAAUGAAUAAAUCUCAAAAAGAAAAAUCUUCUAAGGUAGUUUUGAUAAAAAUAAAUCUGAUGGUGAGGCUCUGAUCAGCACUACUAGUUUGAGGAAUUGAAUUGCUUGGAUUAUUGAUUCGGCUUUCACUCUUUUAUAUAUGACAACAUAAAGAGUGGUUUUUUACUUAUGAUCCUAUUGGUAGUGGUGAAAUUAUGUUGGUGAUAAGCCUCCACUUAAAAUUGCUAAAAUUAGUUAUGUUCAAAUUAAAACUCAUGAUGGUAUUGUUAGAACCUUUACAAAUAUUCACCACAUUUCCGGAAUAAAAAGAAAUCUUAUUUUUUUUGGGCCUCAUAGAAUCUCUGAGGUAUAAAUACGUUGGUGAAAAUGAUAUUCUUAAGUUCUGGAAAUAUAGUUGUAUAAAAGAUGUUCACAUAAUUUAAAAACUGUAGUUAUAUAAUUACUCGUGCAUGUCGUGCUCACGGUUACUAAGUAGAGACAAGGAAUGCAGGACUCGGGCAGCGGGAGCUGUACGAGGACAGGUUGGCCUGGAUGGGUCCAAUUUCUGUUGGAUACGUCGUUCACGUGGUAAAGGGGCCUCCUAGGACAUCCCUUCCAUAAAAAUAGUAACAAGGAUUUUAUAAUUUAAUAAAGCUUUUCUUGUAAACGAAAAAUGGUGCUCUGGGUGCUCUAUAUAAAUUAACCAUGGCAUUAUGAUAACAAGGAAAACGCAAGUGCAUAUCUGCAUAGUACCUUAGAUACCAAGUAGCAAGUUUUAAGAUACAAAGUAGUAUGAUGACAGCCUUCUCUCUGAAAUCACGGCAGUGCUAUGGGAGUUGUCUUCUUGCAACUGCUGCAUCACCACGACCAAGUAUUUUCUGGAGGUGGCGGCAGCAGCAGCAGUGCAAUUUUCACCCUUCUAUAUGGGGAGCAGUGCAAUUUUCACCCUUCUGGAGGUGGCGGCAGCAGCAGCAGUACUCGCAAGUGGAGCAACAGUCAGCACAAACAUUACAUUAUGAUAAUCGUGAUGAGAAGGUUGAUGAUCGCUUAGGCAAAAACCCUUGCAAUUUUCACCCUUCUAUAUGGGGAGAUUUCUUCCUUCACUACUCCAACCCAGCAGCUUCCUCGGAACAGCAGCAGACAUGGAUGGCAGAACGAGCUGAUAAACUGAAGGAAGAAGUGGCAAAAAUGAUAGCAAGUUCAGUUACUUGUAGCCUUCAUCAGAGGCUACAACUCAUCCAUGUGUUGGAACGUUUGUGCUUGGAUCACCUGUUCGAAGAAGAGAUUAAUGAUGCAUUGAUUCAAAUUAAGACUAACGAUGUCAGCGAUUGUGAUCUUCACACGGUAGCUAUGUGGUUUUAUCUGCUUCGUAAAUAUGGCUACAGAGUUAUACCAGACGUGUUUCUGAGGUUCAAAGAUGAAGAGGGAUGUUUUUUCACGAACAACCCGAUGGACCUAUUGAGUCUUUACAAUGCUGCGCAUCUCAGGACCCAUGGAGAGACGAUACUUGAUGAAGCCAUAUUAUUUACCAGAAGGUGUUUAAAAACAACAUUGCCCUCUCUGGAAGGAUCAUUAGCACGUGAAAUAAAAUGUGCACUAGAGAUCCCCCUACCUAGAAGGGUUAGAAUUUAUGAGUCAAAGUAUUAUAUCUCUACAUAUGAGAAAGAGGCUACGGUGCACGAAUCAGUACUGCAACUUGCAAAGUUGAACUCUAAUAUUAUGCAACUUCAUCAUCAGAAAGAGCUUAGAAUCGUUACAAGCUGGUGGAAGGAUCUAGAGAUUGAAUCAAGGUUCCCAUUUGCCCGAGAUAGAAUUGUAGAGUGCUAUUUAUGGAUGUUAGGAGUAUACUUUGAACCAUGUCAUUCACGAGGCCGAAUAAUGUUGACAAUGGUGAUUUCCAUUAUUGGCAUACUUGAUGAUAUGUAUGAUUCCUAUGGAACUUCAGAAGAGUGCGAGUUACUUACCAAGUGUCUAGAAAGAUGGGAUAAAAAAGCAGCCCAUGAUCUCCCGGAGUGCAUGAAAUUUGCGCUCGGGAAAAUCUUGGAUAGCUAUCAAACCAUUGAACAAGAGCUGGCACAUGAGGAGAAAUAUCGCAUGCCCUAUCUAAAAGCCUUUGUAAGUUACCUUUCCCAUCUUCAUAUUUCAUCAAUUUAUCAUUGAUUAUCGAAAACUGUGUAGUUACUGUCCAUAACGUAUAUUUAGUUAUCUGUAUAUUUGCAUGUAGUUAAGCUGAUGCUAUCCGGACACUACUUAAAAAAAAUAACCCUUCACUGUCGGCCCAUAAAGGAGUUUCACUGUCGGUUUUGGAACCGGCAGUGAGCAACAGACAGUGAUAGUCCUCGAUUAUUACUGUUGACCCGGGGACCGGCAGUGAAGGGGUUAUCACUGCCGGCUGAAGACUUCAGUCAGCAGUGAUAGUCGACUAUCACUGCCGGCUGAAACCACCACGCCAUCGCAAGUCACAAGUCACAAGUCAAGCAAUUUUUCGCACGUGCGGUUUAUGGCACUCAAACCUGGAACCUUUUAGCUCGCACGAUACGUUCUUACUAUCCCAUCAUAGAAUUACUAGUGAUAUCAUUAGCAUAGGUAAUCUUUUCAUCCAGUCCCCAGAUUCAUCAAGUCAGAUUAGUGUCUUGUGCAUAGGAAACUGCAUCUUUUUCAGAAUGGAGAACACACUGAUGAGUUAAGAACCAUCAUCUAGCGUGUCGUCACCGAACAGCUGGGCUGGAUCUGCAUCAUGAGGAGAAAAUGUACAAAAACUAUCAUCAUUAUCGGAUCCAAUAAUUAUUGAAGUAGACAAACUACUUCUUUCUUUCGGCAUGCAAGGCAUAUAUCCGAAGAAAAUUACAAUAAUUGCUAGUGCUGGAAUGGAAUUAUAAUGGUGAAGCUAUUUCUAUUCCUAAUAAGAGGUUUUAAUAUCUGAAAUGAGCUGAAACCAGCAAAGCAACCUAAUAAUUUUUAAAGGCAAACACAGCUAUACAUCAAGACAGAAAUGGAUUUGGCCUGAAGCAUGUUUAGUUCGAUCUGUGAAACCUGACACUCAUAGCUCAACAGAAAAGGCAAAAGGAAAACAAAAGCCUUUAUUCCAUCCUGUUUGCAACAGCUAGGAAGAAACUCGUACAUCAUCCUAAUACAGUAGUUCUCCUUUAUUCCAUUGCUCUUGAUCGAAUAAGUCCUAACAAGAAUAAUCUUUUCACAAAAGCCAAUAGUUGAAUACGUUCAUUAGAGGACAAGGUCUUAUGCUAGUACUCUGACAAUUUAGAAGAAAACAUCCUAUAAAUUCAACUUCCAAGUGAGGAAACUCUAGCCAAAAUAGAUAAUAUGAAUCCGAAAACAAAAUACAGGACAAGAGCAAUUGUCUGAGGAUGCAGAAAUUUGAAACAGACAGUUGAACAGACAAUUGUCUUAAUGUGACAGCAUAAUUCCUAAUUAUCAAUCAAUGAGCUAUUGAACAGACAAUGAUUCAUAUGAAGGAUAAGAUACAACAUCAUGUUUUGAGAAACCAAGUUCAAAUGUGCCUUUGUUUUCUUGUGAUGAGUGAUUGACAUUGUAAUUUAUUUGGUUUGAUGAUCUUCGGUUUUGCAUGAGCUUUGAUGUGAUUUGAAUUUAUUUGAGAUUUCAUUUGAGCAUAACGAUUAUGGACUAAUUGGAAUUGGAGUUGGAGAUAUGUGUUUGCUUGUCUCAUGGUGUGUAGGUGAUGGAUGCAACUUGGCGGUCGACGGCGGGAUGAUCAGGGCCAAGCGGAGUGCUUGGUGCCAGAUGAUCAAGGAGGCCGGGCGGAGUCAAGGGUGAUCCUAGCUAAACACGUGGAGGUCAAGCAAAGCAUUGAAGGUGGAUGAAGACGGCGUGUUGACAAAGUCAAGCGAAGGGGAAGUCGGUGCAAGUAACAAGGCGGCCCGAAGGAUCGGGAGCAGGAGAGACUUGUCGGCGGUCAUUAUCGCAUGACAGAGUACACGCGUCGAGAUCGAAGCGCUUGCUUAAGGUGUAAGCAAGACGGUGAGUCACGCUUUGAGAAGCGUGCAGGCGGUUUCGCGGUUUGGCCUCAAAACCGUGGGAGGACUGGAGGAGUAUGUGGCACCAUCGCGAAGCUUGCGUCGAGGCGAAGCUAAGUCAUGAAGGCGCCGCGGCCGUCCGAUGAAUGGAGGAGAAAAUAGACUAAAAUGCCCUCGGUGGUAGGUAGGAGUGCACUACAAGAGAGGGGUAUUUUGGGGAAAAGCUAGGAAACUUAAGGACCAAGUUUCCUAGGUCUAUAAAUAGAGGGGUAGGGCUAGAGAGAGCUUUGAACCAGCCACUUGAGCCCCCUUGUACCACUCAUUUGAGAGCCUUAGAGCUAGGUUUUUAGAGGAGAGAAGGAUGAGUGCUUAGCCUAUGUAAUAGGUGAGAGUUUUGAGAGAUAAAUCUUUGUAAUCCGCCUAAAAUAGAACUGACCUCUUUGAGUAAUUAAGUUUAUGUUUUUGCA